AAAAAGAGAAAGCGAAAUAUGCGCGCCGUGACGUGGCAGAGUCAGUGUGGAGAGCGGACAGCUUGACCUCGAGCUCGAGCAUCGUCUCCGGCAGCAUGUGGACGCUGAUCUUCACUGCCCUGUUUCCCUCCGUCAUCUUAUCCUAUGAAGUGGACACGAAAAAACUCAAUGGUCUAGCGAGAGCCAGAGUGGAGACAUGUGGUGGAUGACAGCUGAAUAGGCUGAGGGAGGUCAAGGCUUUUGUGACCCAGGACAUUCCUCUUUACCACAACAUGGUGAUGAAGCACAUUCCUGGGGCCGACCCUGAACUCGUCCUUCUCAACCACUACUAUGAAGAACUAGAUAGAAUCCCAUUAUCUGAAAUGACUCGCACUGAGAUUAACAAACUCUUGGCAACGCUGGGCUUUUAUAAAAAAGAGAAUCCCGAAGACCAAGUGCCAGAGGAGUUCCGCUUCGCUCCAGCGAAAGACAGUCCCUUUGAGGGCCAAUCUACCAGCCCGCCCCCUAAGACUGAUACUGACCAAUCAGAGGCCGAUUCCCAGCACACAGAUUUGUAACUCCUUAUGUAAGAGCGAUGGCGUGGGACGCUAGCGGUGCGAGACCUACUUGAUUUACAAUUACCGUGAGAACUAAAACCGAGCCAGACGAGCUCUCUUCAGAGUUUAAUGUGGCCACAUUAUUGUUAUAUUACUGUCAACACGCAUUCAGCAACUUGAUUUGAUUAUGAGUGGUGU